ACACGAAGAUAUAAGGCGUGAGUUAAAACCUCUCCUCUCAGAAAAGUCUGUUUCAGAUGACGCCCUUCUAAGACAAGUCAUCAGAACAACCGGCGAAGAGAGCGAAAGAAGACGGCGCCUUGGGCGUAACCCACGUGCCAAAUACGCUUAUGCACAGAGGGGGCAGGUGACUUCAGGGAAGUUGGGAGACAGUAAAGAGGACCCCCACUCCAGAAGCUGUCCUGUGACCAGAGGGUGGUUGCUAUGCUGAGAUCUCACACUCUGGGCAUCAGUGCCACUCAGCUGUGCAACACCCUGCGGGAGCAGCAUUCCGACGCCUGGAUGCAGAGAGCGAUUCAGUACCUCGGCGUCUGCGAGCAGUUCCUGGCCUUGGGUACCACGAGGGGGCAGAUCGCACCACCUCCCCAGAUGCCCCCUGUGCCCUCACCCGUCUGGCUGCUGACCGUUUACGGUUACGACGUGCUGAUGCGGCUGGACGAGUUCAAGGCCAGGAUCACGUCCACCUUCGGAUCCAUCCUAAAGAUGGAUUCCACAAAGAAGGUGACAGAAGAAGCUCGCAGGUGCCGCCUCUGGCACAGCCGCCUGGGCUACCAACGUGGGCAACGAGCACGGCCAGGUCCUCAUGAGCGUCCUCACUUGCUGCGAGGGCUCCGAGGGCCUGUCCAAGAUGGCGGCCGGACUGAUGAGGCGGUACCGAUUGGCCGAGGUACCUGCCCCCCAGCUCAUCUACGUGGACCUGCCCCCCAGCUCAUCUACGUGGACCGCGACUGCUGCAGACAGGACGGCGUGUCCAAGAUGGCUGCCUUAUUUCCGGAACGUCGGCCAGUGCCAAGUACUUCCAGGCGUUCCUGAUUGAGGGACUGGUCAGGUGGAACGAGGACCGCGCAGCGGCAGCUGAGGGACACGAGGCGCCUCUGCUGUCCUACAGUGGCCACCUCAGACACGCCCCUAACCAGAAGAGCCAAAGGGUGCUUGGUCAUCAGAUGGUGAAGCCUGCUGCUUACACAGGUGAGCUCAUCGGGGUGGAGUACCUGUUCCAGCAGACAGGCCGCGUGCUUGAGGACGUCAGCGUGGACCCUGACGCUCGGGACAAGGCUGCUGCCGUCAUCGACCUGGACGAGGGCAUCCAGGAGGACGUGGGCGACUUUGUCGCCGCCUUCGUCCUUGACCAGCACUUCAGGAGCAGCCCGGUCAGGGGGUCCAGCUGUCGCACCCGGGUCUGAGCCAGCACAUCCUGCCGCCCCUCCCGACGUCCCUGGAAGCCAGACUCCUGUAGAAAAUCACUCCUCUGAUUCAGAGAAGGAGAUCCAGGGUCCUGACGGCCAGCCAGGAUACCAGCAUGUCCUGAAGCUGGCUCAGCCCCUGGUGGAGCUCAGGAGUCUCCAGGGGCUGUCUGACAGCAGGGUAGACAGACUGUGACAGACACUGUCACUUUCUGGCCACUAGAGGGCCUCAGUACUCUGCCUGCACAGUUGCAGGCUGUUGGAUUAAUUGGGCCUCCCUGUUAAAAGGCAGCUCUCAUUCUGAGAGAGACAUCAGUUGGGCAUUGGCACGGAGGUGUUAACGCUCCUCUCUCUCCUUGUUCAAGACGUUAAAGUCUUGUGUGUUACCUGAGUGGUACUUCCAGUUUCAUUACCUGAGUGGUACUUAUUGUUUUGACACCUUAGUGGUUCUAGUUUCGCUGCCUGAGUGGUAUUUUUGGUUAUAUUGAUAGUAGUUUGUGAGUCCUCAUUUAAUGAGAGACUUUGCUCACCCUUUUGGUGCAGCUUUUGUAUUAUUCCGUGUACCUUUAUUCCAGCCCUUUUGCGCUGCGCUUUUGUUUAUUAAAUCGUUUAAUUAGUUAGAAAUCCCUUUCGUUGUUUAUACCCAGCAUUUGGAUGACCUUUUUGUUUCCGUUUUCAGCCCAGAGUGCUGUUUGUUUUAAUAAACUUCCUUCUAAGAGUUUUAAA